GCUCCAGCCUGAAAUCUUGGCUAAAGAAAAUUAGACUCUGCCUGAAUUCCUUCUUCUGGGAUUCUCCGACCUCAGGGCCCUGCAAGGGCCCCUGUUCUGGGGGGUGUUGCUGGUCUACCUGGUGGCCUUGCUGGGUAACUGUCUGAUCACCCUCCUCACAUAGGCCAGCCCCACCCUGCACUCUCCCGUGCACUUCUUCCUGCGCCCCCUCCCCCUGGUGGAGGUAUUCUACACCACUGACAUUGUGCCCAGGACACUGGCUGACCUGGCCUUCCCGCACCCCUGUGCCAUCUCUUUCUGUGGCUGUGCAGCCCAGAUGUAUGUCUUCAUUGUCCUGGGCAUCUCAGAGUGCUGCCUGCUCACAGCCACGGCCUGUGACUGCUACACUGCCAUCUUCCAGCCCCUACACUGCUCCGCCCUCAUGAGCUGGCGGGCCUGCAUGGCCAUGGUGGGCAUCUCCUGGCUCAUGGGCAUCAUCACAGCCACCACCCAUUCCUCCCUCAUCUUCACCCUGCCUUUCCCCAGCCACCCAGUCAUCCCUCACUUCCUCUGCAACAUUCUGCCAGUACUGACAUUGGCAAGUGCUGGGAAGCACAGAAAUGAGGUCUCUGUGAUGAUGGCCACUGUGGUCUCCAUCAUAGUCCCCUUCUCUCUGAUUGUCACCUCUUAUGUCCACAUCCUGAGUGCCAUCCUGACAAUGGCCUCCACCUGAGAUGGAAAGGUCUUAUCCACUUGUUCUUCCCACCUGCUCGUGGUCUUUCUCUUCUUUGGAAUGGCCAGCAUCACCUACAUCCGGUGCCGGGCAGGCUCCUCUGUCACCAUGGACUGCAUACUCAGCCUGUUCUACACGGUCAUCACACUCAUGUUGAACCCCAUCAUCUACACCCUUUAGAACAAGGAGGUGACAAAAGCCUUGUGGCUUGUGGUGAAGAGGCAGGUCCCCUCAUCCUGA